UGGGUGGGUCAUUGAAGCAGGAAAUUAGCCUUCAGAAGGAAUGUUGGCUUUCUGCACGAGCUACAGCCGCAUGGACUCACUGAGAGAAAACACACAGGGAAAUGGGGAGUGCUCAUUGCCGCAGAGAAAAGAGCUCAGAUAGAAGGUGGCAGUGCUAUUGCUGUUAUUGGUGCUUCAAAGAUUUUGAAGACAGUGCAGGUUAGAUUUUUUGUUCUUAAAGGAAUUAAAAUGUUAAUAGUGUAAAUACCAAAUGUUUAGUACUUCUCCCAUAGUUAAAUAGACAACAGGCUACUGAGGAAUGAACAGAGAGGAGAAAACACAGCUUAUGAGGCCUUCGCUUGUAAUUUUUUUCUUGUGCUCUCUUUUAAGCAAAGGUUAAAUGUUGAGAUUCGUGGUGGAGCAACCCACCUCUGUUAAUUUGUGCAGGGUGAUGAUUGUUAGAAAAUUUAUUUCUAAAUGAGCCUUGAAAGAAAUUGAGAGACUUGUAAGUGUGUAUUUAGUUUUCUCAAAUAGUUAUUUCUGAAAUAGGAUCUUGUUAAAGGCCAUGCUUUAGAAACAGUUGGUAAUUUACACACACAUGUAACUUAUAUGUAGUAUACUUGGUGUGUGUAUGCUUUUGUUUUAAAUACUUGUAACCUUUUUUUUUCCCUUUUGGUUAAACUAAUGAGCGAGGACAAUAUUUUAAAAGCUGAAAUGCAUUUUUAUGGUAAUUUUUCAGAUCAUGUUCCUUUUAUACUUAUAUCAAAAUUUACUCUUGUUAUUCUACUGAAUGAGAAUGGGAUAGACGACAUCAGCAGUUACUUGUUAGAUUUUUUUUCCCCUCUAAAGUUAAUUGCUAUCCUUCUAUUUAAAGGCAGUGUCAUAUGAAUACACACACACACAUAUAUAUAUAACACAUAUAUAUAACACACACAUAUGUGUGUGUGUGUGUGUGUGUGUGUGUGUGUGUGUGUGUGUAUAUUUGGUGAGCCCUAAAUAAGUAGAUUGAUUUUGAUUUAGGAGCAUCAGUUCAGUCAUUUUAUUUAGAUUCUUAAGGAGAAAAGUGACAUUUAGUAACUACUUAUCAUUGUCCAGAAAUAAGGUAUGAAAAAUUGGUGUUUUUAAAGUAUUACAUUUUAAAUCAUUUUAUAAAUUGGGAAUGCCCACCAGCAUAAUCUCAGUUUGAUUGCUGUGUAUUCCCUCACUGGGUAUAGCCUGACAUGAACAAGUUUACAUUCCAAUACUGAGGAAUUGCAUUCCACUGGGCAGUUCUGACGUACAACAAGAAUGUGGAGGCCCAUACAAAGGGCAAGUUUGGGGACACUGAUAGAAGAAGCUUCUGUGUUCAGCAACUGCCUUUCGUGGAAACUUACACUGGUGUAAAGUACUCUUGACUCCACUUGGGUGGGGAAAAUGUGGUCACAGAAAGUUAGGACAGGACAGCCGAACCAGAGAAAGAUCCUGCAGUACCCUGCCUGGGGUAUCAUUACCAAAGGUAUUUAUGAAAACUAGUUUUGGCAAGCGUUCUGCAGGAAGCUUUAGGCGUGGCUGUGAAUGCAUUGUUUUAGAGCCUUCUGAAAUGAUUGUGGUGGACUAUAUGGAUGAAAAUGAAGAGUAUUUUCAGCGUCAAGCUUCUCAUCGACAAUCUCGAAGGAGAUUUAGAAAAAUCAACCAGAAGGGUGAAAGACAAACAAUUAUUGACACUGUGGAUCCUUAUCCUGUGGGCAAACCACCUUUGCCUCGAGGCUAUCAUACGCUUCCUGCAGAUUUCACAAAACUACACCUUACUGAUAGUCUCCACCCACAGGUGACGCACGUUUCUUCUAGCCAUUCAGGAUGUAGUAUCACUAGUGAUUCUGGAAGCAGCAGUCUUUCUGAUAUUUAUCAGGCCACAGAAAGCGAGGCUGGUGAUAUGGACCUGAGUGGGUUGCCAGAAACAGCAGUGGAUUCUGAGGACGAUGAUGAUGAAGAAGACAUUGAGAGGGCAUCAGAUCCUCUGAUGAGCAGGGACAUUGUGAGAGACUGCCUAGAGAAGGAUCCAAUUGACAGGACAGAUGAUGACAUUGAACAACUCUUAGAAUUUAUGCACCAAUUGCCUGCUUUUGCCAAUAUGACUAUGUCAGUGAGACGAGAACUUUGUGCUGUUAUGGUGUUUGCAGUCGUGGAAAGAGCUGGGACCAUAGUGCUAAAUGAUGGUGAAGAGCUGGAUUCCUGGUCAGUGAUUCUGAAUGGUUCUGUGGAAGUAACUUAUCCAGAUGGAAAAGCAGAAAUAUUAUGUAUGGGAAAUAGUUUUGGUGUCUCUCCUACCAUGGACAAAGAAUACAUGAAAGGAGUAAUGAGAACAAAGGUGGAUGACUGCCAGUUUGUCUGCAUAGCCCAGCAAGAUUACUGCCGUAUUCUCAACCAAGUAGAAAAGAACAUGCAAAAAGUUGAGGAGGAAGGAGAAAUUGUUAUGGUAAAAGAACACCGAGAACUUGAUAGGACCGGAACAAGAAAGGGACACAUCGUCAUUAAGGGCACCUCAGAAAGAUUAACGAUGCAUUUGGUGGAAGAGCAUUCAGUGGUGGAUCCAACAUUCAUAGAAGACUUCCUGUUGACCUACAGGACUUUUCUUUCUAGCCCAAUGGAAGUGGGCAAAAAGUUAUUGGAGUGGUUUAAUGACCCGAGCCUCAGGGAUAAGGUUACACGGGUAGUAUUAUUGUGGGUGAAUAAUCACUUCAAUGACUUUGAAGGAGAUCCUGCGAUGACUCGAUUUCUAGAAGAAUUUGAAAAUAACCUGGAAAGAGAGAAAAUGGGCGGACAUCUAAGGCUGUUAAAUAUUGCAUGUGCGGCUAAAGCAAAAAGAAGAUUGAUGACAUUAACAAAACCAUCCCGAGAAGCUCCUUUGCCUUUUAUCUUACUUGGUGGCUCAGAGAAGGGAUUUGGAAUCUUUGUUGACAGUGUAGAUUCAGGUAGCAAAGCAACCGAAGCAGGCUUGAAACGAGGGGAUCAGAUAUUAGAAGUAAAUGGGCAAAACUUUGAAAAUAUUCAGCUGUCAAAAGCCAUGGAAAUUCUCAGAAAUAACACACAUUUAUCAAUCACUGUGAAAACCAAUUUAUUUGUAUUUAAAGAACUGCUAACAAGAUUGUCAGAAGAGAAAAGAAAUGGUGCCCCUCACCUUCCUAAAAUUGGAGACAUCAAAAAGGCCAGUCGCUACUCCAUUCCAGAUCUUGCUGUAGAUGUAGAACAGGUGAUAGGACUUGAAAAAGUAAAUAAAAAAAGUAAAGCUAACACUGUUGGAGGAAGAAACAAGCUAAAAAAGAUACUUGACAAGACUCGGAUCAGUAUCUUGCCACAGAAACCAUAUAAUGAUAUUGGGAUUGGUCAGUCUCAGGAUGACAGCAUAGUAGGAUUAAGGCAGACCAAGCACAUCCCAACGGCAUUGCCCGUCAGUGGAACCUUGUCUUCCAGUAAUCCCGAUUUAUUGCAGUCACAUCAUCGCAUUUUAGACUUCAGUACUACUCCUGACUUGCCAGAUCAAGUGUUAAGGGUUUUUAAAGCUGAUCAGCAAAGCCGAUACAUCAUGAUCAGUAAGGACACCACAGCGAAGGAAGUAGUCAUUCAGGCCAUCAGGGAGUUUGCUGUGACUGCCACCCCGGAUCAGUAUUCACUGUGUGAGGUCUCUGUCACACCUGAGGGUGUAAUCAAACAAAGAAGACUCCCAGAUCAGCUUUCCAAACUUGCUGAUAGAAUUCAGCUGAGUGGAAGGUAUUACUUGAAAAACAACAUGGAGACAGAAACUCUUUGUUCAGAUGAAGAUGCUCAGGAGCUGUUGAGGGAGAGUCAAAUUUCCCUCCUGCAGCUCAGUACUGUUGAAGUGGCCACACAGCUCUCUAUGCGGAAUUUUGAACUUUUCCGUAACAUUGAACCUACUGAAUACAUAGAUGAUUUAUUUAAACUCAAAUCAAAAACCAGCUGUGCCAACCUGAAGAAAUUUGAAGAAGUAAUUAACCAAGAAACAUUUUGGGUAGCAUCUGAAAUUCUGAGAGAGACAAACCAGCUGAAGAGGAUGAAGAUCAUUAAGCAUUUCAUCAAGAUAGCACUACACUGCAGGGAAUGCAAGAAUUUUAACUCAAUGUUUGCAAUCAUCAGUGGCCUAAAUUUGGCACCAGUGGCAAGACUACGAACCACCUGGGAAAAACUUCCCAAUAAAUACGAAAAGCUGUUUCAAGAUCUCCAAGACUUGUUUGAUCCCUCCAGAAACAUGGCAAAAUAUCGCAAUGUCCUCAACAGUCAAAACCUGCAGCCUCCCAUAAUCCCUCUAUUCCCAGUUAUCAAGAAGGAUCUCACAUUCCUUCAUGAAGGAAAUGACUCAAAAGUUGAUGGGCUAGUCAAUUUUGAGAAGCUAAGGAUGAUUGCAAAAGAAAUUCGUCAUGUUGGCCGAAUGGCUUCAGUUAACAUGGACCCUGCCCUCAUGUUCAGGACUCGGAAGAAGAAAUGGAGGAGUUUGGGGUCUCUCAGCCAGGGUAGUACAAAUGCAACAGUGCUAGACGUUGCUCAGACAGGUGGUCAUAAAAAGCGGGUACGUCGUAGUUCCUUUCUCAAUGCCAAAAAGCUUUACGAAGAUGCCCAAAUGGCUCGAAAAGUCAAGCAGUACCUGUCCAAUUUGGAGCUAGAAAUGGAUGAGGAGAGUCUGCAGACCUUAUCACUGCAGUGUGAGCCAGCAACCAACACAUUGCCUAAGAAUCCUGGUGACAAAAAGCCGGUCAAGUCUGAGACCUCCCCAGUGGCUCCAAGGGCAGGGUCGCAACAGAAAGCACAAGCACAGCCACAGCCCCAACAGCCACCGCCACCACAUAAAAUCAACCAAGGACUGCAGGUUCCUGCUGUGUCCCUUUAUCCCUCGCGAAAGAAAGUACCCGUAAAGGAUCUCCCACCUUUUGGCAUAUACUCUCCACAAGCUUUAAAGAAAAUUCUUUCUUUGUCUGAAGAAGGAAGUCUGGAGCGUCAUAAAAAACAAGCAGAAGACACUAUAUCAAACGCAUCUUCCCAGCUUUCUUCUCCUCCCACUUCUCCACAGAGUUCUCCAAGGAAAGGUGGCAGUGACAAUCAGCUGAGAUCUUUUGGCUCCGGGCAGUUGGACUUAACCAGUUCCUCCUCUUCUCUUGGAAGUGAGAACAGUAACAAGAAUAACAAUGCUCCACGGACCUAUGGGAUAGGCUACACUCUGGCUCCCAGUGGUACUGUGGAUAAUUUCUCAGAUUCUGGUCACAGUGAGAUUUCUUCACGAUCCAGUAUUGUCAGCAAUUCUUCCUUUGACUCAGUGCCAGUCUCGCUGCAUGAUGAGAGGCGCCAGAGGCAUUCUGUCAGCAUUGUGGAGACAAACCUCGGUGUGGGCAGGGUGGAAAGGCGGACUGUGAUUGAACCAGACCAGUACAGCUUAGGGUCCUAUGCACCAAUGUCUGAGAGUCGAGGCUUGUAUGCUACAGCUACAGUAAUUUCUUCCCCAAGCACAGAGGAACUUUCCCAAGACCAAGGGGAUCGUGCGUCACUCGAUGCUGCCGACAGUGGCCGUGGGAGCUGGACGUCGUGCUCAAGUGGCUCACAUGAUAAUAUACAGACCAUUCAGCACCAGAGAAGCUGGGAAACACUUCCAUUUGGGCACACUCACUUUGAUUAUUCAGGGGAUCCUGCAGGUUUAUGGGCCUCAAGUAGCCAUAUGGACCAACUUAUGUUUUCUGAUCACAGCACAAAGUACAACAGGCAAAAUCAAAGUAGAGAGAGUCUUGAACAAGCCCAAUCCCGGGCAAGCUGGGCAUCUUCCACAGGAUACUGGGGAGAAGACUCAGAAGGUGACACAGGCACAAUAAAGCGAAGGGGUGGAAAAGAUGUUUCCAUUGAAGCCGAAAGCAGUAGCAUCACCUCUGUGACCACAGAAGAAGCCAAACCUGUUGCUACGCCGGCCCACAUAGCUGUGACGUCGAGUACUACAAAGGGACUUAUUGUGCGGAAGGAGGGCAGGUAUCGAGAGCCCCCGCCCACCCCUCCAGGCUACAUUGGAAUCCCCAUCACUGACUUUCCAGAAGGACAUUCCCAUCCGGCCAGGAAACCUCCGGACUACAACGUGGCACUUCAGAGAUCUCGGAUGGUCGCCCGACCCACCGACACAGCUGGGCCUUCGCCUGCACAGCAGCCACACGGGCCUCCAGCGAGCGGCAGGCCAGUGAACAAACCGCAGUGGCAUAAGCCCAAUGAGUGUGACCCGCGCCUCGCCCCCUAUCAGUCUCAAGGGUUUUCCACCGAGGAGGAUGAAGAUGAACAAGUAUCUGCUGUUUGAGGCACAGGCUUUUCUGGAUCCAGAGUUAGCCACCUAAAAGGAGAGCACAAGAAGACGUCCCUAGCAGUGGAGCCGUGGAACUCGCAUUCUGAGGAUGGUGGACCGGUUUGCCUCCUUCCCUGCCUUAAAAGCAGCAUGGGGCUUCUUCUCCCCUUCUUCCUUUCCCCUUUGCAUGUGAAAUACUGUGAAGAAAUUGCCCUGGCACUUUUCAGACUUUGUUGCUUGAAAUGCACAGUGCAGCAAUCUUCGAGCUCCCACUGUUGCUGCCUGCCACAUCACACAGUAUCAUUCCCAAUUCCAAGAUCAUCACAACAAGAUGAUUCACUCUGGCUGCACUUCUCAAUGCCUGGAAGGAUUUUUUUAAAUCUUCCUUUUAGAUUUCAAUCCAGUCCUAGCACUUGGUCUCAUUGGGAUAAUGAGAAAAGCUAGCCAUUGAACUACUUGGGGCCUUUAACCCAUCAAAGAAGACAAAGAAAAACAAUGAAAUCCUCUUGAGUACAGUGCUUUGUCCACUUGUUUACAAUGUCUUUUUUUUUUUUUUUUUAAUGAAUUUAAAGAUUGUGUUCAGAGAGUAAAUGUUCUAUCCAUUUGAUGAUCACAGUAUUAUUUUGAACCUUUAAGUAGGGUUGCCAGCCUGGGUUUCUAAAAAACCAAAUAUGCCGGACAGGGUGUGGUCACACCAAGAAGAGGGAAGACCUGGCUUGCGACCCUGUCUUCCCGUGUCCUUCUGGCCUCACCCGUGAAGUGCCCUAUCCUGGAAGUAGAAGAUGUUAGCCAAUUACUUAGAUACCAAGACACCUCAUCCACUCCUUCCCCAGUGGGUGGGGUUCUUCUGUAAAACUGUUUGCACAUGGCCAGGGGAGGGAAAAAGGACUCUUGUGUCCUGUGUCUGAGCCUUAUGGAAUGCAGGACAGUGUCAUUUGAGGGCGUGUCCUGCUCCAUCGAGACGGAUGGCAAACCCUGUUUUUUUAAGUUAUAUUUCUUUGAUUUUUGUUAAAUUAGUUUUAGGGAUUUUUUUUUUUUUUUUUUUUUUUUUCAUUUUUAAAGAGAAACGUUUGUAACUGGAUAGCAUUGCAGUGAAAGCAGCUUGGGAUAUUGGAGCUAACGCCAGCUGUUAAUACUGCUCUUUCGAGACAGCCUCCCUGUACCGAACUGGCAUUAGGGAAUAAACAAGCCUUUAACGUGAUAGAGGAACAAAAGAUCAAAAACCUGAUUAGACAUGCCAGCCUUUGCGAGGUGGGUUAGUCACCAAAGACUAACCUGGAAGUGGCUUUAUGGACGCUGCAGAUAGAGAAGGCCUACGUGUAGCAACCACCUGCUCACAGCUGCUAUUAACCCUAUAGUGACUGAAAUGACCCCUCCACUCUAUUUUUGUGUUGUUUUUGCACAGACUCCGGAAAAGUGAAGGCUGCCAAUCCGAGUAGUACUCAAAUGUGAGGAACUGCUGGUCUUGGAUUUUUUUUCCAUUAAAUUCAGCUGAUCAUAUUGAUCAGUAGAUAAACGUAAAUAGCUUCAAAUUUUAAAAGUCAAAUUGCAGUGUUUUUUCACUGCAUCAAAACGAUGUCAGUGCUUUAUUUAAUAAAUCUCUUCUGUAUCAUGGCAUUUGUCUACUUGCUUAUAUAUUACAUUGUCAAUUAUGCAUUUGUAAUUUUCCAUGUAAUAGGCAUUAUUUGCCAGUUUUCUUAUAUAGGCUGUGGACCUCAUGUGCAGAUAGACAGAAACCUAGCUCUACCACAAGUCGCACAAACGUUAUCUAAGCAUUAAGUAAUUGUAGAACAUAGGACUGCUAAUCUCAGUUCGCUCUGUGAUGUCAAGUGCAGAAUGUACAAUUAACUGGUGAUUUCCUCAUACUUUUGAUACUACUUGUACCUGUAUGUCUUUUAGAAAGACAUUGGUGGAGUCUGUAUCCCUUUUGUAUUUUUAAUACAAUAAUUGUACAUAUUGGUUAUAUUUUUGUUGAAGAUGGUAGAAAUGUACUAUGUUUAUGCUUCUACAUCCAGUUUGUACAAGCUGGAAAAUAAAUAAAUAUAACAUAAA